AACAACCCUGCAUUCUUUUCCUGCACAUUGAAAAUACAGAUGCAGAUCUGAGUUGCUUAUGUAUUAUUUUUACUUUUCAGCUGUUCACAGAUGGAAUCACCAAUAAAUUAAUUGGCUGCUAUGUGGGUGACAUAACAGACGAUGUUGUUCUAGUUAGGAUCUAUGGAAAUAAGACCGAGCUCUUAGUAGAUCGAGAUGAGGAAGUGAAGAGUUUCCGUGUGUUGCAGGCCCAUGGCUGUGCACCUCAACUAUACUGUACUUUCAAUAAUGGCCUGUGCUACGAGUUCAUGCAGGGUGAAGCACUGGAUCCAGAGCAUGUAUGCAAUCCGGAUAUUUUCAGACUCAUUGCCAGACAGCUUGCUAAAAUCCAUACUAUUCAUGCACACAAUGGAUGGAUCCCUAAAUCUAAUCUGUGGCUGAAGAUGGGGAAAUAUUUUUCUCUCAUACCCACAGAAUUUGCAGAUGAGGAAGUAAAUAAAAGGUUUUUAAGUGACAUUCCAAGUCCUCAAGUACUUCAGGAAGAGAUGGCCUGGAUGAAAGAAAGACUAUCAAAUUUAGGAUCACCAGUGGUACUCUGUCACAAUGACCUGUUGUGUAAGAAUAUUAUAUACAACAAGAAACGAGGUGAUGUGCAGUUCAUAGACUAUGAGUACUCUGGAUACAACUACCUGGCUUAUGACAUUGGAAAUCACUUCAAUGAAUUUGCAGGAGUAAAUGAGGUAGACUACAGCCUUUAUCCUAACAGAAAAUUACAGGAACAAUGGCUCAGAUCUUACCUUGAGGCCUACAAAGAAUAUAAAGGAUUUGGCACAGAAGUCAGUGAAAAAGAAGUUGAAGUUCUGUAUGUCCAAGUCAAUCAGUUUGCACUGGCUUCCCACUUCUUUUGGGGACUGUGGGCUUUAAUUCAAGCCAAAUAUUCCACCAUCGACUUUGAUUUUCUAGGGUAUGCAAUUGUUCGCUUUAACCAGUAUUUCAAAAUGAAGCUGGAGGUCAUGACAUUAACUCUUCCUGAGUAAUGAAGAGGAAGAAACUUGACCAAGUGGAUAGAGAACCCCUGAAUCUUUUCUGAGAACAGAUACUGGAAAAAAGCUAAACAUUUUUUGAAGUUCUGUUAAUGCUCACUUGGUGGUUCUUGCUUUAUAAAUAAUGCCUCUAAACAGUCCUUCAAUGUUAAAUUUAAUAUGAAGAGCAUACGUACUGCUGUGAUAUAAAACGGAUUAGAAACUUGCUAAAUCUAUAAAAAGUUGUAGAAAUGGCGAUUUAAUCCUUCUUUGUAAUUUAACAUGUUGUAUGUGAAUUAUUUAUUAUAAGUUUAACAUGAUUCCAUUGCUGCUUUCAUCCGUUUUUUGUAAAAGUUGGGUGCAGACAGUGACGUUGUUCCAAAGGAUUCAUUUAACAACUUGUUUUAUUAAAGUUGUGUUAACUUAUAUUAAAGAAAACAUGGUUGGAGAAUAUUAACCUUAGAUGUGUAC